UUACACCAGCCGAGCCCGGACUGCACAUUGCAGGCAUGUACUACAGUCAGAGAGCGAUCUCUGUGGCCGUGAUUUCUCGUAUAUCGAUUCUAAUACUCGUGGCCGUUCGUGGUUAGGCCUGUGUGAAUGCUGUGACUGUGACCCGCUCCUGACGCGGUUUAGAAUUGUGAACUGAACCUUGCAGUCGGUGUUGAAUGCAGCAGAAUCUGGGCUUGUGUUUCACCACGUGUGCUGAAUACUACGUAACCUUCUCUUCUGUCCAACAUUCGGAACCCUACCCGCCCGUCAUGGGAUUGUGACGCCGGUAUGACGAGCAAAGGUGAGACAGGGGUGACGCCUCCGUCUCCGGCCGCCGUGCCCCACAACAAGAGACCGACCAUCCUGGUGUACCCGACUGUUUCCCCGGAGUCUGUCGUGAUUCCCAUAGUGUCCUGCAUCCUGGGCUUCCCCCUGCUGGCCCUGCUGGUGAUUUGCUGCCUCAGGCGACGUGCGAAGUUGGCGCGGGAACGUGCGAGGAGACGAACAGGGAACUUUGACACAGAUCAUGGAGCCCUGUCAUUGGUGCGUUUCAGUCCCAUUCACAGACUUGUAGGUUCUGGCAGGACGAGAGCAGUGAGCUUGAGAAGUGAGCGUGCAAUGAGCCGUGGGUUCCCAUCGCUGGAGCUUGAUACUGUGGUAGAGGAACGCUCAGACCCAGAUCCAGAGAUGACAACGACAGAGGUUCUCAUGACACCUGACAGCUAGCAGGACCCGACGCGAGUGUCUGUGGGAGUCCAAGUACAUGUCCACGUGUCAGGGGCUGAUCGGGCACCUCUUUGGACAACCCUCACCGCCUCCCCUGUCCACACCCCUAGCUGAUCCCAGUGACUGGGGCUGUAGAAGGCUACAGUUCUGUUAUCUGGCUCGAAGAACCAGUCUGCACCACUGGUUGGUUCUGCUGAGGAAACUAAUUACUAAACUUCGAAAGCAGACAUAUGACAGUGGCCAGAGAUGCUGAGAAGAAGCAUCAGUGUAAGGAUAAUGACAAGAUGGCAGCCAUAACCUGUAUCAGAGCUCACAUUAAAUGCCACUGCAAAACAGCAUUUCUAUAAUGCAGAGCAGGAAUAUGGUGUUGUGUGUAAAUUAAUUAUGUGAACACCGUUCCAGAAAAGCAUUUUAAAGUUAGUGGGUGAUGUGCUGGAAGGAUAAAUUGGUUGUUGAGCAUAUCAAGCACUUUGUUGUGUGAAGAGAAAGCAUUACAUUAAUAACAGUAAGAUAUCACUGACAGGAACAUUGAACAAUUUGUGUAUUGGCAGACGUGCUGUUUUAGAUCCUGAGCAACUUUGAAUUUUAUAGUCUCAAAAAGAAAUUUGCUGCAGUUUUUAUAACAUUAGUUUUACACCAUAAUAAUCAGUUUGCUAAGAUAAUAAAUAUCUUGUUUACACUUUGUAUCAAGCUGUGGAUGGUUAACCCCUUACUGAUUAAAAUUCAUCAAAAUAAUAUUUAAAAAUGCACUGCCUACCUCACAUAAAACACAUUGCAAAGACCAACUACUUAAUGAUCAGGAUUGCUGGGUUUUUGGACUUUGUCCAUCAUCCAGUAGUCUGUAAAACACAAAAGAAUACAGUGUUCUGGAAAACGGAGCACAAAUAUGAGGGUCGUACUGAAAGUCCUGAGCAACAAUAUUUUGUAAAGUAACAUGCUUUAGUAUUGACAAACCAAAUAC